UGCAUUUGGACAGAAAUGCUUUGUCUGGAGUUGAGUUCUGCCAUGUUCAUAGCAUUCUUCUCAUAAAUUUGGCACUUGCAGUAUGACACCCAAUUACGUAGGCUGCGAACACACAGUACUACAUAACUGCAGUACUGUGAAGGACCAUCUAUUUAUCUGCUGAUUUCUUUUCCAGUAUUCGUGACGCCUGUGAUUACUCUGACAAUUGCAGUCGCUUCAUUGUCAGUGUCUGCAGGAGAGUCGGCGCAUACUUCCGAAGCAAUGUCUCAGCAUCCGGUAGUGAAUACGACUGUUAAAACGACCGUAACUCCCAGGACAUCAAACUCCGGACACGAUGCUGGCAAAUCGGCGGCUUGCUUGAUAUACGAAAUCGUUGUCACGAAUCACAUCACAAUAAACCAAUUCAAUGAGGGGUCUGAGGAAGUGACACAUGGGUCUCUGGAAGCGACAACAGAUAAACCAAAUCGUUGCCCCUGUGUCCUUAAAGAAGACUCGGAGAAGAAUCGGUAUGACCGGCCUGACUACGAAAAAUAUGUCGGAGUUGGUUCUUACAAAUUGCAUCAGUCACCGAGGACCUGGUCGGAGGCGAAGAGGAUCUGCGAAGAAGAAGGCGCCCAUCUGCUGGAAAUUAACUCAAAGACAGAAGAGGAGGUCAUAAAGAGGCUCAUAGCCCAUCAUCGUCGCUUGUUUAUUGGACUGCGCUACAAGAGACAAGAAGACUAUUUCGACACAGUUGGUGAACCUGUCAGAUUGACUGAGUAUGGCAAAUGGAUCAAGAAAUCAGACUACAACGACAGCAGUGACUUAUGUAGCGCCAUAUCGCCCACAGGGGAGAUUGUAAAAGUCAGCUGUAACGACAUUAAUGGGUUUAUCUGUGAGAUGCCAGCAUAG